CUUUUUACAAAAUUUAUUUAUGACGAGAAACCUAACGCGACGCCACAAGACAUAUUAGAUACAUACAACCUAAACCUUAUCUAUAUCACUACAACUAAAAACAUAAAACCUGAUGUCAUUCACCAUGUUCGCAAAAUUCAAGAACAUGUUAAUCAAGCAAAAUCUUUGAAAACUAUUGGGGAUUCAUUACUAAAUAUAAGAAGAUUACGGGCAAAAAAAAGGGUAAAUAUAACGGACGAUACACAAGAAGAUUUUCAAACCGCAAGAAUAAAUGAUCGAAUGAACCAGGAAUCUGACAUUUAUGCUAAUUGGAAUAGUGAGGUCGACAAGCAAGUUCAUCUGGACAAUCGGAAAUCACAGGCAACAAAAACCGACAACGAGGAAUCACGAGAUCACAUAUACAAUGAUUUGGAAAUAAGUGAUUUACCUAGGCUAAGUGAGGCCGAUGAUAGUGAAGAAUUACUCAAUUCCAGCCUAUUAGAUACGAAAGAUG